UCUAGCAUUACAAUGUACACCUCGAAGAAAAAUUGCUGUACAUCCAAAACCGUCACAAAUUUGAGAAAGUUUCUAAACAUAAAUUAAUCAGAAAGCCUAGCUGUUCACUGUAAAAUUUCGAGAACCAAUAUUCGCGGACACUGUGAUUCGGAAGCCGCGUUAAAAAAGAACAGUCCCCGUAACGGUCGACUUUCGCGGGAACUCUGAAUUUGCCUGCAAAUCGCGUGGUCGACGCGUUUUCCGUGGAAAAAUCGAUAGCGACGGCAAUCGCACGGGAACAAGAGAUGCGAAAAACGCGAGCCAACGAGACACUGAGAACAAUUCCUGGUAGACGCUGACCCGACUCGGAAAAUAAUGCGCAGGCUACCGAUGAGCGACGUGACGUAGAUCAACGUGUGUAACAACGCGUGUGAUGCUGAGAGCGCCGAUCUGCACGGGUGUCUGGGUGCUCACGAUCCUCUGGUCAGUCGCCUCCGUUGGCAUAACCGCGAAACAGAACGGAGAACGAACCUUGAAAGAGAACAACUUUGGAAGCAUCGCCGACGUUUCUCACCGUUACCAUCGCGAUUACUAUAAUCGCCGCGAUAAUGUUCGAUCGCGGAACGCCGACAGCGGCGCGCCGAGCAUCGAACACAUUCAACGGAACUCUAAAGACCCUCUGAACGAAGUGAGCCGACGAGAUUCGCCGUCGAUGACGGUGACGUUCGAAGCCGACGGGAGCGUGAAAGCCGGCAGAAAGAUUCGCGAUCGCGAUCCAGAUUGUCCGCGGAAUCCGGCGAUCGAAGGAUCCUGCAACAGCGCGGAAGAUUUGUCAGCCGCGUCGAAUGCAGCGUUGCCGUUGUCUCGAGGAGCGCGUCGUCGAAGCGACGCCGCCGGGAAUUUAUGGAAACGCCGGACUCUGUGCUCGCUGACCGACGGCGGUCGACGACGGAGAACUUUGUCGGGCCUGAUCGGGCCGACCUUGACGGACGACGCCGAGGACCCCGACUCGUCGAAGACGCUCGUGCGAGUGAAACGGACCGGGUCGAGCCUAAGCUCCCCGUACGAGCAGGAAUAUUUCAAGGAUCUGGCCGACUCGUUUCCCCGAAGCUUCUACCGGUACGUCGACGAGAACGUCGACGGCGAGCCGUCGUUCGACGCGAAACGAGAGGCAAAUUAUUACGUCGAGAACGAGCGAUCGAGCAGCGAGGAGGCUGCGAGAGGACUCGACGAGCUUCCGUCACGCGAAUUGAAAGAGAAUAAAGUCUCCGAGGACGAUAAAUCCUCGUCCGAGCAGGCUUCGAGCGCGUCGCGCGGCGAGGAAAAACUGGUCGAGAAGAACGCGAGGUCGGUGGCGCCGGCGGCGGAUCGCGAGCCGUCGUUCGACGCGAAACGAGAAGCGAACUCGCGAGAUUAUUGCGUCGAGAACGAGCGAUCGAGCAGCGAGGAGGCUGCGAGAGAACUCGGCGAGCUUCCGUCGCGCGAAUUCAAGGAGAAUAAAGUCUCCGAGGACGAGAAGUCCUCGUCCGAGCAGGCUUCGAGCGCGUCGCGCGGUGAGGAAAAGCUGAUCGAGAAGAACGCGAGGUCGGUGGCGCCGGCGGCGGAUCGCGAGCCGCCGAAAGAACGCGCGGUGGAACGACGCGACUCGGAAACCGUUCCCGAAGAUCCCGCGCUUUCCGUGGAGCUGGUUCGAAGGCGGCGAAACGACCGCGCGAAAAUCGAGAGGAAACGCAAUUUGGAAAAGUCCCCGGGCGACGAAGCGGAGAAACCGUUGGACGGGAGGAAACAGGCCGACGGCGCGGACAAACUCGAGGAAGCGGGCGAGCGAUGCCCGAAAGCUUCCAGCUUGGCGAUCGCUAACCUAAAAGCAGAGCUGCUGCGUUUCAAGAGGAAGGCGAGGAACGAGCGCCGCGAAAAGAGCUACAAAUCGAAGAAGAAAAAGAAACACGCGGGCAAGAAGCGAAACGAGUCGAAGGGCGAGGCCCGGAGGUCGCGAAAGACCGCGCGAACGAAGCACGCGCAACGGCCGAGAUCGGCCCGCGACGGAAUGAGCAUCGCUGCGAGAGCCGACGGUAAAUCACACGUAGGAUUUUCUAAGCUAGCGUCUAAUCAGAACAAUUUUCGCCGUAGAUCCGUAAGCCCGAUGAUACCGUUCGAUAAUGUAUCCGGGAAGGAUCGUGCGUCGCGAGACACGUCGGCGAACGUCGUCGAGACUAACAACGGCAACGCCGGUGGCUCGGCGGUCUUAUCGGCCGAGGAAGAUGGCGGCCGGGCAAGCGAAGCGUCGGACGAGAGAUUGGAUGGUUCGGUGGAAUGCGGAGGACGAGACAUUCGAAAUGGAAACCCGAGCGGCGGCGGCGACGACACGAAAACGCGCUCGAAGAGAGACAGAACGGCCGAGUCGAGGCACGGGUUUCGAAGCGACGAGGACGAGCUGCGGUACUACGAGAAGAUACGGGAAUUCGAGCCGUCCACGGAAUGCGGUGCGCGAGACGACGGUUCGGCGAAUAGCGGAGCAGAACUCGGUCGGGCAGCGCGGUCGAUCGAGGAAGUGAGAGACCUCGCGAAGAUGCUGGUCACUAAAGUAGACGAGCUUGAGAAUUACUUGAGCGUCGACGAGGCUGAAAGGGACGACAAGGUGGAAAAGAGGAUCGGAAUUCGUGCGAUCGACGACUUGUGUUCGAACGUCACUGCCACUUGCGCGGACUUCAAAGAGACGUCCGAGAUCGUUCAAAGAUGUUUGCCAACGUCUACGGCAAAAAUCGUGGCGGAUAAGAAAGUACGGAAGAAAGAGGCGUACAACCGGGCAAAGCAGAAGAAAGGGAGUUUUGCGAUGAAGAAGCGAUCGUCGCAAGAGAAUAAUGCUAAGACACCGUCGAAACCGUCGAAGAAUAGCCGCAGGGAAACCGACAAUUCCCGGAAGUGGGGUCGGUGGACGGACUGGAGCAGUUGCAGCGUCACCUGCGGGAAAGGACGACAAAUCAGAUGGCGCUACUGUUUGCGGGACUGCACCGUCGCCGAGACGGAGAUGGAGGAAAAGGCUUGCCAAUUACCGGCCUGUCCGCCUGGAAAAUUCCUCGGUAUAUUCUAGGCUUUCCCGCGAUCCUACGCUUAACCCUUUGCACUCGAUUCCAAAUCACCGGAACAUUUAAAAUAGCUUUUCUCACCCAUGGUAUUCCCAUUUUACAUAACGUGGUGCAUCUUACACACAUGAGAUUGAAUAUUGUGAUUAAUGCAACAGUCGCGCUUUUAACAAUUCUUUAAAUAUAUAAAUAAAUUUGCUUAAUAAAAUUAUUUUGGAACGUGACGCGACAAUUUUCAAUGGCUCCUCUGGAGUCGCCAUUCGAGUGCAAAGGGUUAAAUGGUCCCAAUGUUGCAAGACGAGUGUAAUAAAGUUUAGCAACUACUAUGCUCAUUUAUUGCUGUUUUAGUAUACGUCUGUAAUUUUUCUACGUCGAUAUUAUAAGAUUUAUAUUCAGUGCCUUACGUAUAAGAUCCGUGCGAGAGAGAAAACAUUGUUAAACGAAAGAAUGACUAAUAAAUAAGAAAUAAUAAAAUAAGAAUGAUUGGUUCUCGAAAAGUUUGUACGUUAUUUAUAAGAAAAGAUAUUGGCAUCGAACUUCCAAAAGAAUAUUUCUUUAUCUUGAAUUUAGUGUGAUUAAAGGAAUACUGGGAACUAGUCAAGGAUCUAGAGGUUAGAUUGGUAAUGUUUUGAAAACAUGCAAAACGACCGAAAUUAAAUCAAAUCGCGUGUA